AUGUGGGAAAACAUUUGCAGUAGUUUAGUAACAGUAUGGUUGGUGCUUACCUGGACAGUGUUGGUUUCUUCAAACGAAAUAGAGUUGCCUGCAAAGUUUGUUACCAGCAGUUCACAUACCAACAACUGGGCUGUACUAGUUGAUACUUCUCGAUUUUGGUUCAAUUAUCGGCAUAUCGCCAAUGUUUUGUCAGUUUAUCGUUCGGUGAAACGUUUAGGUAUUCCUGAUAGCCAGAUAUUGUUGAUGGUCGCCGACGACAUGGCAUGCAACGCGCGUAAUCCGCGUCCCGCUACAGUAUUUAACAAUGCCAAACAACAUAUCAAUGUGUAUGGUUCCGACGUCGAGGUCGACUAUCGUGGCUACGAGGUAACGGUGGAAAGUUUUGUGCGAUUAUUAACAGGCAGAAACGAAAAUGGGACUGCCCGUUCAAAAAGAUUGUUAUCAGAUUCAGGUAGCAACGUUCUGAUAUACCUGACCGGACAUGGUGGAGAUGGAUUCCUUAAAUUUCAAGACUCCGAAGAGAUCACAAAUCAGGAACUGGCGGAUGCCAUUGAACAAAUGUGGCAGAAGCAACGAUAUAACGAGCUAUUUUUCAUGAUUGACACGUGUCAGGCAGCUUCAAUGUACGAAAAAUUCUACUCUCCCAAUAUUCUUGCUGUGGCCAGCAGUUUGGUUGGAGAGGAUUCACUAUCACAUCACAUCGAUCCAGCCAUCGGUGUGUAUAUCAUUGAUCGCUAUACGUACAAUGCACUAGAAUUCCUGGAAAGAGUUGAAUGGAAUAGUAAAAAAACGAUGGGUGAUUUUCUCUCUGUCUGUCCUAAACGAGCCUGCAUUUCUACAGUGGGAGUAAGGAAAGAUCUGUAUCCGAAGGACCCAUUCAAAGUGCCCAUAACGGAUUUCUUUGGUUCCAUUCGCCCCACUGAAAUUUCAUUAGAUGUCGUUAAUGUAACACUAUCAACAAUUCCAGAACUACAGAUUCAACCAAAGGCAAUCAGUAAACCAAACCCCAAACUGUUCUUUGAACAGUUCCCUAGCAAAGCGUUCCUUCCAGUUCUAGUCAUUUGA